AUAGGAAGGCGUAGCCUAUCCCUUUCCCUCUCUCUCCAUUCCUCUCUCUCCUACACUCACCCUAACACACACGCAUUAUAUGUCUACUAUAGCGGUGCAAUAGUGAGCCGGAGGUCGUCCUUCGCAUUUCAAACUGUAGGCCAUUGGGGCGAGACCUCAGAGCGCAUCGCGGCAAUCAGACCCAAACCGCGCCGAUUUAACCAAUCCAAGCAAAGUACGCGCUUUGCCGGACGCACAUUCACGCCAAUGGUCCUCUGACGGGUCGAGCGCACGAGCUCCCCGCAAUCCGCGUUAUCGGCAGCUCAGUAGCCAAGGAACGGGGUGGCAGCCAGGAAAGGAGGAGAGAAGCGGAGGACAGAGAAGAGGAGGGGAGGUGGCUGAGCUUACUGAGGACCGACGACGAGAAUAAACAAACACGCCACAUUAUAGGGUAGUCUGCGAGGACGGAGCAUACAAACCGUGAACUGCUGAUAUUCUGAGUGGAGAGAACUGACGCCCGAGGUGACAAGGAUCUUCGACUGAAAUGGCUGAGGUGUCACAGGAGGAGAGACUUCAGGCAAUCUCUGAGAAGAGGAAGAAGCAGACAGAGAUUGAGAACAAGAGGAGGCAGCUGGAUGAUGACCGAAGGCAGCUCCAGCAUCUCAAGUCUAAAGCCCUGCGGGAGCGCUGGUUGCUGGACGGCGCGCCAGAGGAGGAGGAGACCCAGAGGCGUCUCCAUGACGACGAGGUGAAGACCAAACUGCUGGAGCAGAACAUCACCAGGCUGGAGCAGGAAAUCGAGGACCUGGAGACAGGCGAGGCAGAUGAUGGGGGCGUGGCCCAAGAGAAUGGAGGUGAGAAUGGUGUGGUGCAGGGCAGCAAGGCGGCGGGCCAGACCCCCAGGAGGGAGGUGACGGGCAUGGAGGCCAAGCUGCUGGGGCCCAGCCCGGACCAGGCCAGCGCCGAGAACCCCGUCACCCUGGUAUUCAUGGGCUACAAGACGGUGGAGGAGGAGCAGGAGAGCCGCACCGCUCUGGGCAUGGAGGGCGUGGACGGAAACGUCAAGGCUGAGUUUGUGGUCAUCGAGGACGGGGAGGGGAAGACGGGGGGGGAGGCCGGGGCCACGGAGGAGGGGGGGCCUCCCAACGGAAGCAUGGCAGAGAAAGGGGAGGCCAAUGGAGGUGGAGAGGAAGGAGAGAAGAAGGAGGAUGAGAAGAAACAGCCCUGCAAGUGUUGCACGGUUAUGUGAGUGUGUGUGUGUGUGUGUGUGGAGUGGAGUGUCUGUGCGUGCGAUUGCGUGUGUGUGUGUAUACGUGUGUGCUUGGGCAUGAGUGUUCCUGCGUGGGUGGGCUUGAAGGGUGUGUGUGCGUGUGUGUGUGUGUGUGUGUGUGUGUGCAUAUGCAUGUGUGUGGAAGAGAGUGUGUUCUAAUAGGACUGGAAAAAAAACAACAGUUCAACACCAGAGAAAACUACAGCCAAGAUGGCAACCGCUGAAGCCAACUGGACAUCUGCAGCCACCCUAACAAACAUGGAGACUCAACAUUCUCAAGUAUUCUCCUUUCUCUGAUAUGUAUUUUACUUUUUAUUUCUAUUGAUAUUUUUCUAUUUUUCUGUCUUGACAUUUAUAAUGUAUUCAGUAUGUAUAUCUUUAUUAUUGAACUGUAUGUAAUUUUGUUGUUAUUGUUGAAUAGAACAUGUGACAGCUCUCUAGAUUGUACUGUUACAUCUGGGGAGGUCUGGAAACUUCUAAUCUAUGUCAUUUAGUCACUACAAAUGAAAUAUGAAGGACACAGGCGCAUAUGUAAAUUCCUCUGUGUAUCUAACUAUUUAUCAAUCUAUUUCAUAAUACGAUAAUGUCUCCAAGAUAUAAUUUUGAAUAGUAUUUUAAUAUAUUGAUAUCAAAUUAUGUUUUUUACAGUGUGUAUUUAUUUGUUUUGGGUUUGAUUUUGAAUCAUCUCUAACCACUAUCUGCAUGAAAGCUUGUAAGCGCUACCAUAUUCAGUUAAAAUCACGAGGAUAAAAAAAAGAAGAAGUGCUGUCUAAACUCCUGUCCUCACCUAUAGUUGUCACAAGCCUUUACACAGGGAUAUGAUUAACUGUUGACGGUUGUCACAAAUACGAAGCUGACCCAGAGGCUCAUCACAAUGACACUUCAUUACAACAUAACACGUACCUGUAAGUACCUGUGCUUGGGCCCUGUUCAUAAGAGAGAACCACACUGCAUCAAAGGUCACCGCGAGUCAACCCAUCCCUGCAACGCUUCUUAACGCUGAGCAGUUUGGUUGUGUCAGCAAUAAUGUCAAUGUUCCGUCUAAAGAGGAGGUACCACUGCAUGAACAGGUCUGACAGGUCCAUGCACCAUCAUGUUUCCCUUGUUUUUCUCAUGAAUGUAAUCUCGGGUUUAACUGGGACGCCGUGGAGGGUGGAGCUGCCCCCCCCCCCCCCUGCAUCUUUCAUUUCCGUACGAAUCAAACAAACCCAGUCCCAGACAGUGUCCUCAUGACUCACUGCUGGUUUCUGCUGACCAACCAGGGAGGUAAUCUAGCUUUGACACCCUCUGGUGUUCUAGUUCUGGAAGCUGUGGCUGCAGACCAUGCCAGCCAGCCAGCCAGUCAGUAAGCCAGUCUGUAAAACAGUCAGUCAGUAUUUCAGUAAGUCAGUCAGACAGUCAGUAAGACAGUCAGUCAGUCAGUCUUGAAAUAGUCAGUCAGUCAGUAAGACUGACUGACUGACCCCCCCCCCGAGGUUGGUGCUAAUUCUCGCUCUCCGCUCGUUGUCUCCCUCCUCCAGCUCGAGGGACGGAGGGACUUACUAUGACCGAGUUGUUGUCGUUCUCCUAAUGGACUCUACUGUCGCUCUACUGCCCUGUGGUUAACACCAGAGAAAAAUUGCCUUGUGUCUAAAAGAGCGGGAGACCUCCACACACAGCCGUGUGUUUCCGAUGUACAGUUCCAACCUUCGUGUAACUGACUUGUUCACUGUCAUGGUUUCUAUUUGGCCCCCCUGUGUUAUAAGGGCAGCAUUGUAUUUGAUGUGAUUACUACAUCUGUGUAUUGUCGGUGCCUUUUGUCAGGUUCAAUUGGUUGGGCUAGGGAGCCCUGGGUUUCCCAGCUCUGGGCCCGCCCCACCAUCACCCCUCCUCCAACCCAAACACUAGGAUCCACACCAGAUGGUGGACUACGUGAAACUCAGGCAUACGCCCUACUGCCCGCGAGGAUUUCCUGUAUGCCCUGUAGAAUGAGCAGUAAAUGGGUGGGGGACAGCAUUGGAAGGAGAGGAGGCUUGGUACACUGACGGUAUGCCCACUACUUCGUACCAAACGACACCACUUAUUCACCUCCGGAUGUUAGUUACGUCCACACAUUCAUCUCAUGGUCUUGUGUCUCUAACUCCGGAGUUUACUGGCAAAGCAGUUGGGGGUGUCACUGGUCCCGGAGCUGAGAAGCCCUGUGUCAGACCAACGGCCUGUUCAUCUAUUCUGUGGUCGUCCAAAUGUUUAAUCUCUAAUAAAAAUUACUGUUUGUUUUCAGCUCU